AUGCUGUAUAUGAUCGUGCCGCUGGUGAGCUACCAGACGAAGCAGAAGCUCAAGGAGGGGGAAACCAAGCGCCAGGGGAAAAAGCGCCACCAGCGGUCUUCCCGGGAACUGGACAUCGAACUGCAGCUCUCAGAACAACAGCUGGUGCUUCUGGGAACGAGCAACCGCUCCGCCCACCUGGGCCGACUGACCCGGCUGAAUUCUGGUGGCUACGCCCCUCGCCACCGCGCCGACCUGGUGGUGCUGAUGGCAGAGCUGAACCCUCGCCUGGUGACGACCGUCGAAGAAGAACUGGAUGACGCCAAGCUGGUGCUGCUGAAACGGUCGGUGCUGAAGUUUAAGCGCAUGUUUUCUCGGAAAAGUGACGAUGCCAAUAUGACGCCAAACCAACCGAAUACGGCGGCUACUGCUCCCCAAAUUGCCUUCCAGGGGAUUAACACGCUGGCGCUGCCACCGCUGACCCCGAAAAUUGUCCAUCCACCGCUGAUCUCGCCGCUAUCGCUGCUGGCACGUGUCCCCCAAACUCCCGCCACAACACCAUCAACAACGACGCCCAGACGUCCGGCCCAGCUUAAUCUCGAUACCCCUACCACUGAGCUGGCAUUACUGGCUGCUCGCCAAAAUCUGGCAGUGUCGCCGCACUCUACAGAUAAGUUUACCAUCGCCAGAAGACCAGGACUUAGUCCUCGCAAUUCGGCAAAACUGGACCCCGGAACUCAACUAAAACAACAGCAGCCACAGCAGCAACAACAGCCGCAGGGUAAGCUGACACCGGUUAAGGAGAGUGCCGUCGAGCCCCUGCCGUUAUCAUCGCACGAACACUACUAUACUGCCCGCCAGCCGUUUCUGGCUCGGCCGGAGGUACUUGACCCUACUGAGGCCGAUCUGAUUGGAUUUAGAUUCCUGAAGGGUCAGAUCGCCCAUAACCCUGAUUUCCUCCCGAUCGUCGACCCCUGUGCCCUCAACGACCCUAGAGUGUUUGCCAAACACAUGAUCACCCCCACCUACCAGUACCUCCGCUACGCGACGUUCCUCGACAUCAUGAGCGACCACCACCGCCUGGACCCGAUAACCUUCGCCCUGGUGCGCUUGCACCUGAUCUACAAGUUCUGUGCCCGCCACCAGCACUUUGUAAGGCUGACGGCGAUGACGCCCGACCACCCGGAUAUCCGCUACUACGAAGGCGCCCUAGCGCUGGAGCUCCUCAAAAUCAGAGAAGCCAUUCGCCAGGAUAUCGACCGUGGCUGUAAGCUGGGCGAGUGUACCGGUAAAUACUGGCUGGUGGGGUACCCCCCGCUGGCUCCCCUGGGGAUUGUGACACCGAAGAAAGUACGCAUGGAAGAGCUCGUACAGACCAAUGUCAUCAACCACGUGCGCUACACUAUCAAUUUGCCCGAGGACGCGGCGGCGCCGUUGCCUCAUAAACAGUUCAAGAAGUGCUUUGUCGAGAUCUCGGAGCAGUUAUACUCGCUUAAGCGCGACGAGUUGGGCGGGGAGGUGCUGCGGGAGUUCUUGAUGGUGCUGACAAUCGCCAAAGUGCUGUACGACUUUAUUCUUUUGGAGAAGUACCAUCUCCAGAUCUUGACUAAGUUCUUACACAACUCGCUCACUGCCGAGCCGGUGUUGCGGAGACUUUGGGAUAAGCUGGUGCUGGGCCACACCCCGCAAAUCUUGUUGUUGAACCUGAUCUAUCUGGUCCAGUUUGGCUGGUAUUUCAGCAAUAUGGUGCCGUUCUGCCGGGUGUUUGAGCUGCUGAUCUUCAACGAGGCCCGCCCCCACGCCGUGGAGCUGUCGUUCUGGGAACCCGACGCCAUGGAGCGCGACUACUUCGGCCGCCUUGACUUUGGCCGCUACCUGCGGUUUCGGGAAAUGCUGGUGAAAUCGAUCUUGGAGACAAUCAAGAACCACAGCGCCCCCAAGAUGCACCGUCCGUUCAAUUUUAAGUUCUACCCGGGGACGUUAGGCCUGAUCCCGCUGGCCCUGGUGGACUUGGUCCAGUGCCGUGACCCUUAUCUCCAGUUUACUGAGGCCAGCUACCGCCAAAUACUCGAUGAGUUCCACCGCAUUUUGACCACCGACGGCGUGCUUGAGCUUCCGUUCAUUUUAUUCCAUGAGAAUAGAGUGUUGGACUUGGACCUCACCAAGGAGUUCGAGAUGAUGCCUGACUUCUUCGCCAAAGUAAUGGCUCAUCUAAAGAAGAUCUUUAACGUGGUGAAGUACCUGGUGAUGGUGCUUGACCCCACCAGCGAGGUGUGUCUGUUUGUCAUCCACCACACGGGGCUCCAGCUCUACGACCGCGCGGGGAAGUUGGACGACUACUGCGACCGGUUUGCCGGCGGCGUCGACGAAAUCCACCCGGAUUUGCGCAUGGGCACCACCGUCCACCAUUAUGUUCAUAUCAGGGCCGAGAAGUAG